UAAAUGUAUAUACACAAGUAUUUAAUUCCGAGUGAAACGUUUUAGCAAGGUUUGCGUAUAUGUGCAUACGAAGAUAUACAUCGGUACAUAUUAAUUAAUUCAGAUCGUUCAGAUCGCAUUCCCAACUUAACAAGAAAAAGAUCAAUUCUCAACGUUUUGCAAUUAAAGCCAGAAAUCUUUGUUUCACACCCAGUCAGGUCGACACUAUCUGCUGGGUAGUUAACAUAAGUAGUACAUUUUUGUCCAGUUGGUGCACAUUUUCCAAAGUAAUGGAAAUAAAUAAAAUUGAAACGUCACUGCUCAAGAUCAAGGACGAAGUGUUCAACUCAUUUAGCUGGGACUUCUGUGUUCCUUCAGUUACCAAAAUUCAAGAAAGUGCAAAGAGGUUUUCCCGUGGUGGAUUUAAAUUUCCAGAUUUGAAGUUUACCACUGGAUGCCUUGCAGAUGUGAAGCACUCGAUGGAUGUCAUCGUUGAUAUGCCAUGCAUCAAAUUGUAUGUGCAUUUGCCACGUAAUGCCGACAAUUGGUUCGAGAUUAGAACUUGUGACUUGAAAUUAUAUUCGUCACUGCACGAAUCGGCCGAAAAUAGAAGCGGAUUGAUAUCUUGUACACAAUCAAAAGGAAAUUUGGGUAUUGAUCAGGCAUUUAGAAAAAUUUAUUGUCAGCAUGAGGAAGGCUAUGAUUGUUACUACACUUUUUGGACGUGCAAUGCAACGGGAGCUGGCGAUUCUUGGGCAAAUAUGGACUUAUUCAGGAUAACCAUAUCUGUAGUUCGCUACGAACGCCCCGAAAUUAUUCCUCGUGUUCAUGACGAGAUCGCCAAAACGAUAUUGCUCCCCGACGAGGAUUCUCAUCACUUCGACAUUCUUGAGGAUAUGUUCUUAUCUAAAGAACUGGCUGAUUGUACGUUCAUUUGUUCCGGCAAUGUGGAAAUUCCAGGGCAUCGCUUAAUCCUGUCUUGUAAAAGUCCCGUCUUUAAGCAAAUGUUUCAUCACGAUAUGAAAGAGGCGAAGGACGGUCGCGUUAUCCUGGAUGACAUUUCCGCCCCAGUUUUUACAGAAUUUCUACGAUUCCUUUACACUGCUCGGUUCCAAGAUGGAGUAGAAUUGCCCUUAUUAAAGGACCUAUUUAAACUUGCGGAUAAAUAUGACGUGGCGAAAUUAAAGAAUCUGUGCGAGUUUCAUCUUUUUAAGGCCGUCAAUUCCAAAAAUGCGAUUGAGAUGUUUCACUUUGGCGAUACAUAUAACGGAGUGGAACUAAAGCAGCAAGCACUACGGAUUCUGACGACAAAUGGAUUUGAAAACUUGCCAUCACUGGAAAUCGUGAAGGAAUUGUUUAUUACAAAUCCAGAAAAACUUCUUCAAAUUCUGAACCUCCAGGAAGUAGACGAAGGCGACUAAAUAUUUGUAAAGCGUAUGUAUUUAUGUCGAAUAUAUUCUUAGUUGAAAUUUCUUUCUAAACAAGUGGAUUGAGAUUUUAUGGUUAUGUAUUUAUAAACUGUAUAAACUGUUAUGUAUAGAACGAUAAAUACAGUUUCAUAUAUGUAAAUGGUUUAUCUGUCAUGACA